AUGAAAGAGGUUCAGGAAAUAUCAGGCGACGGUAUGAGACGGUGCUACCUACCGCACCAUUCCGUGGUGAAGGAAGCGUCCACGACAACCAAGGUUCGGAUCGUGUUCGACGCGUCGUACAACGUCAAAACGUACGAACUAGCUACGGUCACGUACGGAACUAAACCGGCUCCAUUUCUGGCUACGAGGACUCUACACCAACUUGCCACCGACGAAGGUCUUCGGUUUCCAUCGGCUGCCGUAGCUAUCAAGGAGGACACCUACAUGGAUGAUGUAAUUACCGAAGCGGAUGAAGUCGAGAAGGCAGUCAAUCUUAGGCUGACCAUCCGUCCCAUUUCCGCAUCGCUAUUCCAAAUGUCGGCUGCUGAGAGGAAAUUACGUGGCUUGAAGAACCGCAAACGCAGCAUUCUCACGUCAUUAUCAUCAAUUGGGGCGUUCCUCACCAGCUACCAGGCCGACCGGGACAAGCUACACACGGGCAUAACCAGCUGCACUUCUCGAGACAAAUCAAGAACGACGGUUCUGUUGGCUACAGCGAUCAUCGUCAUGGUGGACAACAGCGGGAACGAGCAUCCAGUACGCGCCUUACUGGAUUCAGGCAGCGAAUGUUGCUUCGCAACGCAGCGACUAGCACAGCGAAUGCAGAUUUCUCGAAGCAAAAUUAAUUUGCCGAUAGCAGGGAUCGGUGAAGCGGCCACCGAGGUCCGCUGCAAGUUCCAGUCCACGAUAAAAUCAAGGAUCUCCAAUUACAGUGCUACAAUCGAAGCAUUCGUUCUUCCCAAGGUUACCGUCGAUUUGCCAUCGAUCUCUGUCGACGCAUCGAGCUGGUCGCUUCCUACAGGAAUUCAAUUAGCUGAUCCGUCUUUCUACCAAUGUGGGACCAUCGAUGUUGUGCUGGGAGCGGAAGUGUUUUUUGACUUUUUUAGUGUAGCAGGACGCAUUCCAUUGGGCGAAUCGCUUCCUUGUCUUGUGAAUUCCGUUUUCGGUUGGAUAAUCAGCGGAAAAACACCUCAAGGGCAGUCAAGGUCACCCGUAGUUUGCAACGUCGCCACUACUGCCGAGCUACAACGCAACAUUGAGCGUUUCUGGGCGAUUGAGGAUGACUCAACAGUUGUCCCUUCUGCAGCUGAAGCCUAUUGCGAGAAGUUCUUCUCCGAAACCACUGUUCGCGGUGAAGAUGGGCGGUACAUGGUGCGCAUACCGUUCAAGGAAGACGUUAUGAGGAAGGUAGGAAGCAAUAAACGCACUGCAUUGCAUCGUUUUUGCUUGAUCGAGAACCGACUAGGACGAGACCAACAGUUAGCUAAAGAAUACAGGAAGUUUAUGGAUGAGUACGAGGAGUUGGGCCACAUGGAGCGAAUUGAAAACAUGGAAGCAGAGUCUGGACCUGCCUACUACAUUCCGCAUCAUCCAGUGAUUAAAGAAGCCACCACCAAAGUCCGCGUCAUCUUCGAUGCUUCGUGCAAGAGCGCUAGUGGAGUUUCUUUGAACGAUGCCAUGCAAGUUGGUCCCGUCGUUCAGGAAGAUUUGAGGGCAAUAACGAUGAGAUCCCGACUUCAUCCGAUCAUGCUGAUCGCCGACGUUGCCAAAAUGUAUCGGCAAAUCUUGCUGUUUCCUGAAGACCGCCGAUAUCAUCUGAUCUUCUGGCGCCGAUCUCAAACAGACCCGAUCCAAACCUUCAGAUUGAAGACUGUUACCUGCGGAACCGCUUCAGCUCCGUACCCUGCUACCAGAGUGCUGAAGCAGAUCGCUCUUGACGAGGGCGCAAAUUAUCCAGCCGCAGCUCAGGCAGCUAGUGAAGAUUUUUACGUUGACGACCUUUUUUCUGGAGCAAGUACUGUUGCCGAAGCUAUCGAACUCCGCGAGCAAAUGGAUGCCAUGUUGAACUCAGCCGGAAUGCAACUUCGAAAAUGGGCGAGCAACUCUCCAGCAGUACUCGUAAGCAUUCCUCCAGCCAACCGAGCCAUAGAACCGUCGGUGGACUUUGCCAAAGACGAGUCCAUCAAAACUCUGGGCCUGCAUUGGGAGCCCGGCUCGGACCAGUUGAAGUACGUCGUCCCCGAAGCCUCCGUCGAUCUUAACACUGUAGUAACGAAACGCAGUUCCCUGUCCAGCAUCGCUAAGUUGUUCGACCCACUCGGUCUGGUAGGCCCUGUAGUAAUCGUUGCUAAGGUUUUCAUGCAAGCACUAUGGGGUCUGAAAGACAAGAAUAACAAACCAUAUGAUUGGGAUACAGAACUACCCGACGAAAUGAAACACCGCUGGAUCGAAUACUGCUCCGAGCUGCCCCGCUUGAACGAAUUGCGCAUCGAUAGGUUUAUCCUGCUCCCCGAUUCAAUCUCUGAUGAGCUCCAUUUCUUCUCGGAUGCCUCUUUAACCGCUUAUGGAGCGUGCGCGUACAUUCGAUCAUCAAACGCUUCCGGGACAGUAAAAAUCGCGCUCCUGACAUCUCGAUCAAAGGUUGCACCGCUCAAGCAACAAAGCAUUCCACGUUUGGAGCUGUGUGGUGCACUUUUAGCCGCUGAACUUUACUGUAAGGUCAGCGCUGCACUGCGUAUUUCUUCCAAAGCGUACAUCUGGGUUGAUUCGACGACCGUUUUAAGCUGGCUUAAGGCAACACCAUCUACGUGGUCCACUUUCGUAGGCAACCGCGUAUCAAAAAUUCAACAGAUGACAGAGAACUCAACUUGCGCCUACCGAAACCCAAACGAAUUGUCACCUCGCCACUCUCCACCGACGAUAUUCGUGGCGCCGAAUUGGCUCUCAUUCGACUGGUACAGAAGGACUCUUUUCCGGUGGAAUUUGUAA